CCGAGCGCGCCGAGCCGCUCCGAGCAUGGCGGCGCCCACGCAGAACCUGGCCGUGGUCGUGCACCGAGCCGGCGACCUGCGCCUGGAAAAUCGUCCCAUCCCAGAGCCAGGUCCCAAUGAAGUCCUGCUGCGGAUGCAUUCCGUUGGGAUCUGCGGGUCUGACGUUCACUACUGGCAGCAUGGGCGGAUUGGGGAUUUUGUUGUAAAGGCUCCCAUGGUGUUGGGGCAUGAAGCUGCUGGGACCGUUGUCAAAGUGGGAGCAGGAGUAACUCAUCUGCAGCCAGGUGAUCGAGUGGCCAUUGAACCGGGCGUUCCAAGGGAAAUAGAUGAGUACUGCAAAGUUGGACGCUACAACCUCUCUCCAAGCAUCUUCUUCUGUGCGACGCCUCCUGAUGAUGGGAACUUGUGCCGCUUCUACAAACACAGUGCCAGCUUCUGCUACAAGCUUCCGGAUAACGUCACCUUUGAAGAAGGGGCCCUGAUUGAGCCCCUUUCCGUGGGAAUCCAUGCCUGCCGAAGAGCUGGGGUCACUCUGGGAAGCAAAGUCUUCGUGUCUGGCUCUGGACCAAUUGGCCUUGUUAAUGUGAUUGUUGCUAAGAUGAUGGGUGCAGCAGUCGUGAUAGUUACAGAUUUAUCUGCCUCUCGCCUGCAGAAAGCCAAGGAGGUAGGGGCAGAUAACAUCCUUCAGGUAAAGAAUGAGACCCCACAGGAGGUGGCCUCCAAAAUAAAAAGUCUGCUUGGCUGCAUGCCCGACAUAACUGUGGAGUGUACGGGAGUAGAAGCCUGCAUCCAGGCUGGCAUUUAUGCCACUCGUUCUGGCGGGACCUUGGUGCUGGUGGGACUGGGGCCUGAAAUGGUCACCGUGCCCAUCGUGAACGCCGCUGUGCGGGAGGUGGAUAUCAAGGGAAUAUUCCGCUACUGCAACACGUGGCCCAUGGCAAUUGCUCUUCUUGCGUCCAAGCGCAUAAACGUCAAGCCCUUGGUUACACACCGCUUCCCCCUGGAAAAGGCUCUGGAAGCAUUUGAGACCACUAAGAGGGGUGAGGGAAUAAAAGUCAUGCUGAAGUGUGACCCCAGUGACCACAACCCCUGAGAUGCAGCAGUGCCGGCCCUCUCCCCAGUUAACACUGCCUGUACGUGACUUGAUGGAAGAGGCCAUGGGAAGCUGACCUAUGGCUGUUGCAUGUUCUCAUGGUCACUUCAGGCAGACACUUGUUUGUAAUAGAGUUCUACAAUCAAAUUAGAAUCAGGGUGAAGAAGCACUGAGGGAUAUUUGCAGCCAACCAUUUGGAAGAACCAACAGGAAAUAGUUUGAGGCAAAAUGCUGCUCUUUGGUUAGACACCUUGAUUGCCACACAAGGCUCUUCCCAGCAGACCAUGUGCUCUGAAGAGCUGGAGUUCUUCUACGGGCAGAGCGCUUCCCUUGUGCGUGCUCCCAGAGGCACCCUUGUGGUCCUGCGGGUUUGUCUGGGCACAGAUGGUAGGAGGACGUUGCCUGUGUCACAGACAUAAAAGAGCCUUGAAUUCGGAACCUUGCUGCCCUGAGAUUUUGCUUAACACUACUCUUCCCACAUACAAAUCCCUGGGUCCAGGAUACCUGUACUUGAAUAUUCUGCCUACCAGUGGCACAUGUCCUUGAGGAUGCUCAGGGAUUUUAAUAGCCUGUGGAACAAAGUCUGAUGAGCCCAUUUCCAUGGAAAGUAUCCUUAGGUUCAAUUGAUUCCCUCCAUGCUCUUUGCAAAUGGCUGUGGAAUACACUGCAGGCCCACAGUGCAGAGCUUAAGGCUGGUUGGGCUGUGUUGGCCAUGCCCCCACUGCCACUCCCAAUGGGACAGAAUGGACUGUUGCAGAGCUGACUGGAGUGUGCUUGCAGCAGAACUGCCCUGUCUCCAUCUGGGAGGGCAGAGUGGCCGAUCUUGACUUGGGUGACCCGUAGGUACAGUUGGCCAUGGCCCUCAAGAUGGCCUGCUGGGAAGGGUGCAGGUUUUGUUGGUGUGUAGGGAUGGAUGGG